UUCUAAUUUGUUCCCUUCUUUUUCUUAUUUUUUUUUUCUUUUUCAGAAUGUGGGUCUCUCAGCUGACAUACAAUUAUAUGAUGAUAUGCGGCCAGGUUUUUUCCGAUGAUGAAAAAACAUCCCAUAUCGGUAUCAACAAUGAGACGAGGAUAAUUGAGAAGGAAUGUGUACUCGCGUCGUCGAUGGAUUUGUACGUAAAACAUCGUUGUCCGAAAAACAUGAAUCUUUAUCCGGUUGAGAAUGAAAUAAAUGUCUGGAUAUGCGAGUGUAAAUCAGGAUUCAUGUAUUUCCCGUUGGACGAUUCCUGCUACGAGGCUUACAAACAAGGUCCUUGUCCGUCUAAGAAUUACCUCGUUCUUCCCGAGAACGAAACAUUACCACGUUGCGUGGAGAAUCCUUUCUUGGAAGACGGCAUGGUGCCGUAUAAUGGCACGUGUUAUCUUCUCAAAACACUAGGCCCUUGCGAGCCUGGACAGUUAUUGGACGUGCACGAAACUACCUUCCAACUGAAAUGUAUCCAACAAUGGGCUGCUAGUUUUAUCGGUACGCUCAGAAGAGAUUGUCCAUCGGGUAGUCUUAGAAGCCUAAAGAGCGAAGCGUGCAUAAAAAUACCAGACUAUGGAAUCUCUCAAACUAACAGCUAAAGAGUUACACAUAUGACGACUUUACUCCAAGAUAAAUGAUAGAACUUUUUAAGGACAAUUUAAAUCUCGGCCUCAUUAAAUCUAUCAUAAGAAUAAUUGUUAGCUUCUAUAAACGAUUUAAGUGCACAGAUCGAGGUAAUAAAUUGCACAACUGGAAGACAAAUUGAAGAUAGAUGAAUGAUCCCCCUUCACGAUCUUCCUCUCCUCUCCCCAGGGAUAAUCCAAAUCACACA